AUGCCCCCGUUUGCAGGUGACAACAUGAUGCUGACCUCAAGCCUUCGUUCGUCUCACAGCGACAUGAGGGCGAAGGUUCAAUGUGUCUGUUUUGACGCGGAACCACACGUUCAGUUCAUCGAGCCGGUCGACGAAUUGCCCGAUGACAUCCUAGAAGCUUGUUGGUACGGAGAAGACGAAAUGAAGGGCAUGAUGCAAGAAGCUUCCGGUGUAUUAGACGGAAGCAACAAGAUAGAUCUUCCACGAGGCCUCGAACACUGUACGUACGAAGGCAUGCAACGAAGACGAGCAGAGCGUUCCAAGGCAUCGGAAGCCGUACUAGGUGAACAAUUGCGACAGCACGCCUUCAAAGCGCUCGACAACGCCGUCGUACAUAAUGCGGACGAACUGAUCGCCAUGGAAUACCGCAAGGUGUCACAGAAACAACAAGAACUUGCCUACCAACGCGCACGAAGUGACGCCGCGGAAGCAUCGGACCGGUUCUUUCACAAGCCACUGUCGGCUGUGAAAAACUGGUUCCGAUCGUCCGACCGAUCACAACAGAGUUUGUCACAACAGAGCCUGCUCAGCACUUCUGCGUAG